AUACAAACAAUAAACAAAGAAUCCCUAAUCUAAGUUAGAAUCGGCGUCGCUCAGCUCUUCUUCUUCACGCCCUUUCUCAGAAAAUCAGAAACGCCGAUCUUCUUCCUCACAGAUUUUUCGGCUUCUCUUCAUCGGUAUGUUUAGUGUGGCACAGACGAUGGGCAGUGCGUUAUGCUGCAAGUGCGGCAUCGAAAUGCCACCAAACGCUGCAAACAUGUGUGCCAACUGCCUCCGCUCCGAAGUCGACAUAACGGAGGGCCUUCAGAGGCACACAAACAUCCACCAUUGCCCCCAAUGCGAACGCUACCAGCAGCCUCCCGGCACUUGGAUCAAAGCAGAGCUCGAGUCGAAUGAGCUUCUCGCGCUCUGCUUGAAGAGCCUCAAGAAACUCAACACUGUCCGUGUGGUUGAUGUAGGAUUCAUUUGGACCGAGCCUCACUCCAAGAGGAUCAGGAUCAAGUUGAGGGUCCAGAAAGAGGUUCUCGUUGGAGCCGUGCUCGAGCAAGCUUACACGGUUGAAUACACCGUGCAGGAUCACCUCUGUGAACUCUGCGUUAGGGCUCGGGCUAAUCCGGAUCAGUGGGAGGCCGUGGUGCAGCUGCGCCAGCACGUUCCUCACAGGCGCACGUUCUUCUACUUGGAGCAGCUUAUCCUCAAACACGACGCUGCCAAAGAUGCCGUCAGAAUCAAGCAGAUGGAACAGGGGAUUGAUUUCUUCUUUCGUAAGGAGAAUCAUGCUGUCAAGUUUGUAGACUUCGUCGGUAAAGUAGCUCCGAUUGAUGAAGUGAAAAGGGAAAACCACCGGCUCGUGUCUCACGAUACGAAGAGCAAUCGCAGCAAUUCCAAGUAUGCUUUCUCUGUUGUGAUCAGCCCUGUUUGUCGCGAGGAUCUGAUCUGCCUCCCGCCUGAAGUUUCUGCUCGUUUGGGGAAUCUCGGGCCGCUGAUGAUCUGCCAUAAAGUAAGCAGCAGUAUAGCUCUGUUGGAUCCAUUCACCCUUAAGCAAUGCUUCCUAGAUGCUAAGCAGUAUGGGAGAUCAUCGUUGCAGCCCUUACUGUCGAGCAGGCAGCUAACGGAGUACAUAGUUCUAGACGUUGAGCCGGUUUCUUCUGAAGGCGGCUCAAGGUGGUACGCCUUGGCUGAUGCUCAUGUGGCUCGUGUAUCGGAUUUUGGGAAGAACGAUAGGUGUUUCAUCGUGAGAACGCAUCUGGGGAAUCGCUUGAGCCCCGGGGACUAUGCUCUUGGUUAUGACCUUUAUGGUGCCAAUGUUAAUGAUAUUGAAUUAGAGAGAUCAUACAAAAGUGUUGACAUUCCAGAUGUGAUACUGAUUAAGAAGAGCUAUGGGGAAAAGAGGUCGCGUUCGUGGAAGCUCAAGUCUCUCGACAUGGAGGUCGACGAUGGUGCCGAGGAGAAGAUGAACUCGGAGUAUGAACACUUCUUGAGAGAUAUCGAGGAAAAUCCUGAUUUGAGAUUCAAUCUCUCGCUCUACGACGACGAUGGCGAGGAAGUUGCUUUGGAGGAGAUGCUAGCGGAUCUCGACCUAGCUCAUCACGAAUCUCGUGAUGAUAUGGAAGAGUAAUUUUAGUUCUCAUCUCCCAACAUUAAGAAGUUCUUCUUGUUAUUAUUGCCUUCAUGCAACUGCCCUGUUGAACUCUUCUACCAUAUUUGAUAAUCUAUUUGUCCUAAUGCAUGCUUUGGUA